AUGGCGGCCGCAGUGAGUACAUCCUCUGGGCGGCAUAACGAUGCACUGCGAGGGUGCAGCCUGGUCGGGGUGCUACAACCGCAGGAGCGCGACGCGGCACCGGUUAUCCUGGCCAUGGGGUUGUACUACUAUGGACUGCGCGGCACCAAUUCCACCUACUCCGUCGUCUUCCUCAACCUCAUCCCCAUCAUCACCUCUAUGGUUGCCAUCCUACUCCGGGUAGAGAAGCUGGUAUUCAGGAAGUGGCAUGGAAAGAUGAAGCUCUUGGGCAUCGUGGCCUGCAUCGGGGGAACAAUGGUGGUCAGCAUAUACAAGGGCAAGAUGCUGCACCAUCAUUGGCUGACCCACCUACUGAGGUCCCGUACUCAGGUGGCCGCAACUCCGGCAGCUCACCACAACAUGGUCGUCGGCACUUUGUUCCUCUGUGGUAGCUGCCUCGGAUACGCCUUCUAG